UGGAUCUACCGAGCCGAAAGCCAUCGCUCCCGCGCCUCCCGGCCGGCCGGACCCAUAGAGAUUAACGGAACGACCGUAGCCCCCGAGUCCCUCCGGGGUUCGCUCCUUCGGCCCCGUGGCGAGGGCGGCGGGACGUCUGCGCGGGCGGGAGGGAGGAAGGCUGCGCUUCUCCUCGCCGCGUCUCCUCCGCAGGGGAGGGGAGGCCGAUGAGCCCCCAGGACUGCCCUCGGGGCACGACUUCGGAGCGCUCCGGGCGUCCGUCCGCAGCGUGGAUGUGAGCCGCACGAGAGGGGAUGCUCCAGGCUGCCUCUGCCCAGUGACGGCCGGCGGCUGCUCCGGGGCUUCGGCGUGGCCUCGCGCUCAAGGGCUUUGGCUGUGGUGAAGAUGUCCAUGGUGUUCCCGUGAAGCUGAGGUAUGGCUGCUGGAAGGUUGCUGCUGUAUGCUGGCCUCUCUUUAGCUUUGUGUGCCCUGGGCAUGCUGGCUGUGGCGAUCUGCUCUGACCACUGGUACGAAACUGAUGCCCGGAAGCACAGGGAGAGGUGCAAAAGCAUCACCACUAAGAGAAAUGAUCCUGGCUUUAUUUACAACUCCAACAACAACCUGCCUCUCAGGGCCAGCAGGUCGAGGUUGGACCGCUGGGAAGGGAAACUCCUCUUGGCAAGGAACAGGAGGCAGAUCUUUGCCAUGAGUGCGGUCGACGAGUGCAACAGACAGUACAACUCAACCAACAUGGGGCUCUGGAGGAAAUGCCACCGACAAGGAUUCGACCAAGAGCUGGAGGAGCUGAUUGCCAAAGGAGCAAUUGAGCGGUGCUCAUACAUCAAGUACCACUACUCCUCAGCAACCAUUCCCAAGAACCUCACCUACAACAUCACCAAGACAAUCCGCCAGGAUGAGUGGCAUGCCUUGCAAUUUGGCAGCUAUGAGUGCCCCACAGCCUAUAAAACAGACUUCAGACAAUCACCCAACUCAUGCUGGGAUCAGAGAAAAUGAGGAGAACAUGGUUAGAGACUGCAUCUAAAAAGAUUUCUUAAAUGAAUUGGCCUAUUGUCACCAAGGACUUCUGGGGUAAGCAUAGAGGAAAGCACUUGUGAGUGAGGGAGCAGGAGCUGUGUGUUAGCUGACUGAUCUCAGCACCUACCACUCUUAAUUACAGCAUUGCAUGGGUUUCCAGCUUUCACACUGCCCCUUUUGAAGGGCUCACAGUUUUCAUUUGCUAGCUUGGGUAUGUUUGAUACUGCAGCUUUCAAAAUGUUUUGAUAUUUUUUGUUUGGUUUUGUUGUAUUUGUACAUGCAGACACUUGAAUUCACCUUGGCUUACAUGGUGUUUUAUGUUGCCUCCUGUUAUGUUGGAAAAAUGAAGGCACGUUUUUACCUCCAUCAUAGAAAAGAGUUGUAGGGUACUUAAGGAGCUGUUCUGAAUGCAAGGAGGUUGAGAGAAAACCCCAUCCAGCCUUGUGACUUUUGCAGAGGAGCGUUAGAGACAUUUUGCUUGUUGCAAUGUGGAGAUGUUGACAGGUAAAAUACCAUCGCUAAUCAUUUCCAGUCAUUCAGCCAGUCAAAAUACAGCUUUAUUAAUAUGCAUGGAGUGAGCUCUGUUUCCCUUGUUUCCCUCUUGAGAGAGACAGAGGGGGAGAGAUGGGCGUUUUUCUAUGUCUCUUGGCUAAUCAAGAAUGAUGCCUUGCACACUCUUAGGGUGAGAACACAGGAAAGAACAAACAGGGUGAUCUAAUGGGUCUUUUCCAUCUCUGACUUCUAUAAUUUUUGAUUUAUAUACCGAUUUAAUGCCUGGUUUAUGAUGAUUUAUAUCCUGGUUUAUUUAUACCCCGGUUUGGUGCCCCACCCCACACUGUUAGCAAGAUGAAAGCCAGCCAGUGAAAUAUUUCAAGGUGAUUACAUGCCACACGCCACACACAGGGUUAGUAAUGAGGAGUAAGUGCUUCCUUGCACCAGUGCUAGGAGAAAGACUUAAGUGGAACAUUUUGAAAAUUAGAUUUUUGUCAUUUGUUCGUGAAGCCAUACACCAUCCACAGGGGAACAUCACAGCAGCCAGCAUGAAAUAGAUGCCAACAAACUUGGAAUCAAACAACCUGGCUUUGACCCUGACAGAAGCUUCAGGCUGAAACAUGGAGGUGAUUUUUGUAUGGUGAUAGCUUUUAGGCAGUAGUUGCCAGUUUAAUUACUGUUUUUCAGUGAUGCUCUUUAUACACUGAAUUUUGGAAUAAACCUGAUUCUCAUGUACAACCAGAGCAUUGUCCUACUUUUGAAUUUAAAAGAUCUAAAAUGUGAGAACACUGAUGUAUGAAAACUUAUGCAGCUUUAUGUUCUUAGACUCUCCUACCAAUAACCGAGCCCUGAGUUCAGGCUGAAUUAAGUCUUGUCCCAGGAAGAUUGAAGGAAGCUGAAGGAUUUCUCAGGACCCAUCCUAGGACUCCUUAAUUGGAUGAAUGAAUUACAGUUUAGCUGCUGAAAUUAUUCUCUGCCCGCCUCCAGGAACUGAUUGUGCAGUUGGUAAGGGAAUGGGAAAUCAGGAAUAUAAAUCAACUGCAGGUAUCUCCUGUGGGACUUCAGAGUUCCGUCUCUCAAAUCUCAUCUGACUGUUCUGGAUGUAGGUUGUGUUUAAUGGAGCAUGAGACUGUGUGUUCCUCUGCAUCAUUGGAAUUAUGACAGCUAAUUUGAGUAUCUGUCAGUGGUGUGUUCAAUUGAUCAAUAUCUUUCAUAAAUACAAACUCUAUCAUUUCUGACUCCAAAUCUGUCUUUUCUGCCUUGCCCUUUGCGUCCCUGUUUGUUUUCUUGUUGUUUAUUUUAUUUAUUUAUUUAUUUUUUCUCCCCAAACUUGAUUCUCACCUAGAUGUACCGAGAAUGAAAUCAAUGGAAGACUAUCACUUACUGACAUAAGAGGGACUUCUUUGUCAUACACAACAAUGGCUGUAAAUAAUUUAGCAGUGUCCACAUCUUUCCUUUCUUCCCAUAAGGCCGGGUUUAUUAAAAUUUUAUGGCAGGGGACAUGGAGGUGGCUGAAUAACUGUUUUAUCUGAUAAAAUCUUUAGCAGUGCAUUAACUCUGUAUUGGCUGCUCCUCACUCAUCACGGACACGUACUAAAUCAGUUUUCCUCUUACAGAAUCCAUUCUACAGUAUGGUACAGUUACAAAUGAGAGCAAAGUUAAUGCUGUUCCUUACAGCUGUCAUGCUUGACUGUGGUGCUAUGAGAAACAAAGGGUUAAACUGCAAAAUCUUGUUGCCAGUAUUGGGAAGAAGUCAGUAGAGGCACAAAUCCACAUGCACAAAGAUGCUAAUCAGAAGAGACUAAUGGGCAGGGUACAAAGAAUUUAGAUUUGCUUACAUUUAUACCAGAAUAAUAAUUCCACUAGACAUUCGGAGAUGUAGAAACAAGUGAAAUCAGCAUCUGGGUGGGAAAUACUCCAUGGAGUUUUCAGAAAAGAAAAAGUGCUCCUUUAAAUUUAGACUUUUUGAUAUUUUGGCACUAAAUCAGUGCAAGUAAACGGAUCUCAGAAUUACAUAUUCCUGGUGUUAGUGAUGCUGCUGGCUGUGCAGUGCCCCUUCCAUCCCAGCAUCCUAAAACACUGGAGCAAUGCUUUUCACUCAAUAUCCUUCUGACGUAAACAGGUGCAGAAAGAAGAAUGCAGCCCAGUACACCCAUUUCACAUGUGGGAAAAGAGAGUUUACAUGGAAGUUAAUUGACCUGCUAAAUGUCACGCAGAGAGUGAGUGGGAGAGCCAGAAACAGAACUCAGGUCUCCAACCUCCCACUGCUGUGCUAGACAACCUUGCCUCCUGUAGUGCCAGAGUUCAUGCUGCUUAUCUCUCAGAAAAGACCAUUGCAAAAUUCUGUACAGGGAAAAAUGUUUUUUCUAAAGAUAGGUAGAAAUAAUACUUUCCACAUGAAAGCUUAGUGACCCAAACCAGAAUCCAUUACAUACAUUAAUGGUGAUUUUCUCUUAGAAAUAAUGGCCUGAAAAAAAAAGAAAAGAAAAGAAAAAAAAAG